AUGGGCAGCAAAAUAAGGCUACAUAGUUUGCUUUCCAACUUUGCCUCCCUCCCAGCAAGACCUGCCCUGGGAGAUGCCUCGGUGGUAAACCAAGAAUAUGACAUACCAACGGAUGAAGCUAGUCAACACCGCACGGACCUCCGCUGUCUGCCUCGUCCUCUGUCCGAAUCGGCGACAUGGCUGCUGAUUGAAUGUCUCGUUGGAGAUGGCCAGCGCCUAUAA